CCACAAAAACAGCAGUUGAAGAACUUGAAGAACUUGAAGAACUUAAAGAACCCAUUCAUCAAGAUGUUGUUUUGGGUUAUUCUGGCAUUAUUUCCACUCGCCAUUCAGGCCGGUACAGAUACCCCUUGUGAAGUUGGAGGAGUAUCACAUGCGCAUAAUACAACAUUUAUGACAACUGCUAGUGGACCAUGCAUAACGUAUUUUUGUGAUAACGGAGGAUAUGCCCCUACAUCUAUAAAAUGCGGGUCUGGUGAUGGACAAUGCUAUGAUAUUGGUGUUAACAAAACCACUAGCUGUGUAACUCAAACAUGUGAACAGAGAAAUGGUUUUAUUGGUUUCUAUAUCACAGAAGGCGGUUGUUCAAACGGAAACGAUUGUUUGGAUGUUGGUGAAUCUGUUGUAGAAAACUGUAAUAAUAAAACCUGUGUUCAAGAGGGUACAACAUAUUCUUUACAAACUACCUAUAGUUGCUUGGGUAAUGAUAAUAUAUGUAGACCAAUGGGUUAUGUACAAGAAAGUCAUGGUGGUUGUAUUAAACAGACCUGUGAAUCCAGAUCUGGAUAUAUUGGAUUUUACAUAACACAAAUGGAUUGCCCUUAUGAUGGCGGUUGUCUAGCUAUUAAUGAUACAGAUAAACAGGGUUGUCUGACCAGAAAAUGUGUUCACGGUUCAGACGGUUCGCUUGGCGUUAUAACUGACGGUGUUGAAUGCAGUUAUAACGAUGAGUGUGUGCCAGUUGGUGAAAGCAGAGAAGAGGGAUGCAUCACCAGAACAUGUGUCCUUGAAAAUAAUACAUUUGGUAUGACUAUUACAAGAAACGACUGUUCCACCAAUAACGACAGUAACGCCAGUAAUGACGCUUGUACAAUUGGAACAGAACAACAGUCUGGCUGUAUUACAUACAGAUGUGAAAACGGACCAGAGGGAAUCACAUUUUAUGUUAUACAAGCAGAGUGCAGUUAUAACGAUGUGUGUGUGUCAGUUAAUGAAACCAGAGAAGAGGGAUGCAUCACUAAAACAUGUGUUCUUGGAAGUAAUACAAUUGGUAUGAUUGUUACAAGAAAUGAGUGUAGUUAUAACGAUGAGUGUGUGCCAGUUGGCCAAACCAGAGAAGAGGGAUGCAUCACCAGAACAUGUGUCUUUGAAAAUAAUGAAAUUGGUAUGGCUAUUACAAGAAACGACUGUUUUGCCAGUAACGACAGUAACGCCAGUAAUGGACCUUGUACAAUUGGAACAGAACAACUGUCAGAAUCUGGCUGUAUUAGAUACAGAUGUGAAAACAGAACAGAUGGAAUCACAUUUUAUGUUAUACAAGCAGACUGUUCGCUUAAUGGACAAUGUGUUCCUGUAAAUGGAACGAUUACCCAGAAAUGUACAACGUAUCAAUGCGAAAAGAAUGGAAAUACUCUUAACAUGAACGCCAUCCAUGUUCAAUGUGAGUUUAAUGGAGGGUGUGUUGCUGUGAAUGAAACCAGUACACAGAGCUGUAUAACGCGUCAAUGUCAACUGAAUGGAAAUGCUAUUGGCAUGAAAAUUACCCAAGUUCAAUGUAAAGAUUCUAACGAUAACUGCCAUAAUCUAGGACAUCAAAUUAAACAAAGCUGUUUUGAAUAUACAUGUGAAAGUCGAGCUACAAGUAUUGGCUAUUAUCUCACCAAAGAAGGUUGUAUGGAUGGUACUGUAUGCCGAGAUUACGGUUACAGUCGCACCAAUCCACCCGGUUCAUGUUUCAAAGAAACAUGUGAGAAACGAGAUGUGGGUGUUGGAUUUUUCAAUCAGGAUCCAGAAUGUAAAGAUUCAGACGGUAGUAGUAAAUCAUUAAAGUGUAUGGAUAAUGGUGGAAAUUGCCAUACACCAGGUGGAGCUACUUUCUCGUUAACGUUUGAUGAUGGAACAGUUAGUGACAACUGCUCUUGUACAGCAAAUGUUGCAAACAUUACCAGAAAUAUACUUGUGUAUAAUGAAAUGAAAUAA